GCGUGUGCGUGUGUGUGCGUGUGCGGCUACACACGCGGGGCCUUGUGAUCAUGCUCUCCGAGCCCUUCUAGCGCCUUGAGCCCUUCGUCGCAGACUGAUGUCGGCCGCGCGUCGCGUGUGAAGUCCUCCCGAAGCCCUGCACCUUCUCUGCCCGGCCAUGGCGGCGGGGAGCGGCGUCGCGCAGAAGACGUGGGAGCUGGCCAACAGCAUGCAGGAGGUGCAGAGCAUCGACGAAAUUUACAAAUACGACAAGAAGCAGCAGCAGGAGAUCCUCGCCGCCAAGCCGUGGACGAAGGACCACCACUAUUUCAAGUACUGCAAGAUCUCAGCUCUGGCGCUGCUGAAGAUGGUGAUGCACGCCAGAUCGGGGGGCAACUUGGAGGUGAUGGGUCUCAUGCUGGGGAAGGUGGACGGGGAAACCAUGAUCAUUAUGGACAGUUUCGCCUUGCCCGUGGAGGGCACGGAGACCCGAGUCAACGCCCAGGCCGCAGCGUACGAAUACAUGGCUGCCUACAUAGAAAACGCUAAACAGGUCGGCCGGCUGGAGAACGCCAUCGGCUGGUACCACAGUCACCCGGGCUACGGAUGCUGGCUCUCCGGCAUAGAUGUCAGCACUCAGAUGCUCAACCAACAAUUUCAGGAGCCUUUUGUGGCCGUGGUGAUCGACCCCACUCGAACGAUAUCCGCGGGGAAAGUCAACCUCGGCGCCUUCCGGACCUAUCCGAAGGGUUACAAACCCCCAGACGAAGGACCCUCGGAAUAUCAGACGAUCCCCUUGAACAAGAUCGAAGACUUCGGUGUACACUGUAAACAGUAUUAUGCCUUGGAGGUUACCUACUUCAAGUCGUCCCUCGAUAGAAAGCUACUGGAGCUCCUUUGGAAUAAGUAUUGGGUCAACACACUAAGCUCCUCAAGUCUUCUCACGAACUCUGACUACACUACGGGCCAGGUCUUCGACCUGUCCGAGAAGCUGGAGCAGUCGGAGGCCCAGCUGGGUAGAGGCAGCUUCAUGCUCGGCCUGGACACACAUGAUAGGAAGUCUGAGGACAAGCUGGCCAAAGCGACACGAGACAGCUGCAAAACAACCAUAGAGGCAAUUCAUGGUCUGAUGUCUCAAGUCAUCAAGGACAAACUCUUCAAUCAAGUCAAUAUAUCUUCCACCUAAACCUGAUCUCGCAGCCUUUUUGGGUUCCCUUUUGCAAUGGUGUUUUUUUUUCUUUUCUCCCUUAUGUACUGUUGCCAUUCUGCAAUACGUCCAGGGGUGCGUUUGUUCAUUUUUUUCUGCUUCUGUCGAGCGUAUUGGGAUCGUGAACAUAAUAAAUAUGAGAAAAAGCUGAUUUUUAAAAAAAAUAAUAAUGUUAUUAACACAAUGGUGUAAUGAUGCACUGGUUGAUAAUGUCAUAUAAAAACUCAUUAUUGGAUGACGG